UUUCAGUUCACACAUGUUUUUAAAUUGGUGUAAAAAUUAUUACAAUUGCAAUACAUUUCAACGAAACUGCACACACUCACUAUAAUUUCUGUCAUAGUUUAACAUGCAUUCAGAAAACCUAUCACCCAAAGACAAAUAUUUACUCCGUUCAGUCAUGUUCAACAAUAUAGAGGGUGUUGUUCGUGCAAUAGAACUUGGAGCCGAUAUAAAUAUGGUUCCAGAUGAUGGGCUCACUUGCAUUCACUUAGUGGCCGAAAAGGGAUUUAUCGAAUUGACAAAAUUGCUAGUCUCUCUGCCGGGGAUACAACUGGACGUUUUAUCCUCCUUCGGUUGGAGUCCGCUCUCCAAUGCAGUUUACUCCAACCAUCUAGAGAUAUGUACAAUUUUGUUGCAAUCAGGGGCUAAUCCAAACUUCCGAGUUGUGUUUGAACAAACUCCCCUUCACAUUGCAGUUUUUUACAAACGCCCUAUAAUCGUUGCAGAAUUGAUUAAAUAUGGAGCAGAUGUAAAUAGUGUUGACUGUUUUCACCAGUCACCAUUACAUCUAGCUGUGUUCUCACAACCGAGUGCAACCAUUACAAAGAUUCUUAUGGAUUCAGGUGCUGAUCCAAAUUUCAAGAGUAAGUCCAGGCUGUCGAUUCUCACUGAAGCUGUACUCGUCGCUUGGACACCGUACCACACAAAGAUUAUAUCGUUCUUAAUUAAUUUUGGUGCUGAUGUAAUGGCAACAGAUGACAUUAAGAGGGAGACGCCACUUCAUAAAGCCGCCCUCAACGGUUAUGUUCCAGCUUUAAAACUGCUCAUUCAACAUGGGGCGGACAUUAACGCGAAAAAUGCGUACAAUCAGCUACCGGUCGACCUGGCAAGACUGCAUGGCAACCAUGACGCAACUGAAGAACUUGUACUUAUAGAUGAUUUUUUUACAUAUCAAGAACUCAAAGAACUUAUGGACAAAGUCUACAGUUAAUUCUCAGUUGUAAACAUGAUAUUUUUUUA